AUGGGAAUCACAAAGUACGGCGUCUGGGUCGCCCACCCAACGCACUACAAAGCCGAGACCGAAAAACAAGACCCCAAGUCGCCGCACAUCUACCUGUACUUCACCGACGGCACGAGCAGCAGCAGCAGCAGCAAGCAGUACCAGGCCGCCAUCAACGUCAAAUCCACCGACAAGGACACCCGCCUCGUCUUCUGGCUGAACCGCGCCUUCUCCCAUCCAGUCACCCAGAACCUAUCCGGCCUCGAUGGAGGAUUCACUCUCCUCAACAGCAACAGCAGCAGCAACGCCCAGCUUCAAGGCCUGGAUUACGUCCGCACAAAUGGCCUCGUCGAUAUAAACGCAGGCAAGGUCCUCCCGCACGAUAUGCCCGGCCCGAACAACGACAUCCUGGAUUCCCUUGAUCCGAUCCUUUCAGAUGCGAUUGCGCAAAAGGCAAGGAUGUAUGUGUUUGGGUCGUCGUAUGGGACGGGGAUCCAUGACGUGCAUAUGAACCAGGGGAGUCUGCCACAGUUUGAGAACGGGGUGUAUGAGGAUGGGGCGUUGUUGUUUGAGUUUGAGGAUGGGCAUUGGGAGGCGGUGUUUUUGGCGUUUGCGUCGCAGAGGAUUCCGACUGAUGAUAACGGGGAGGCGGAGCAGGGGAGUAAGGAUUUGGCGGAGAUUUUGGGGAGUGAUUCGUAG